AUGAGUUCAAUGAAAUAUUUUAUUUUUUCUUUAAUAUGGGUAGUGGUAUACAAUGAAAGGGCAAAGGACAAUUCUUUUCCAUUAAAUCAAAAUAAAAGUUCCAGUGAAUUAAACGGACGUAUCUUAAGACUAGACACACCAGAACCAUGGGGAGAUUCUGAAACAUACGAAAUAAGGACAAGGGAUAGGUCAGGUAAUUUGAUUACUACAGUGUUUAAUAGAUACGGAGAAGCAUUAUAUUAUUAUACAAAUAAAAAGGAGCGAAGAAAGAAAAAAUCGAGUAAAGGAAUAAAUUCAUAA